AUGUUCAAGCGUCUCGUCACCGUCGCCCCCCGCGUCGGCUCUGUCGCGCCCCGUACCCUUGCACCCCUCUCAGGCUUGCAGUCUAUUCAGCCUCUCCAGCGCCGUACCCCGGCUCCUGCUCCCGUUCAGCGAAGAGGAUACCACGAGAAGGUCCUCGAUCACUACAACAACCCCCGCAAUGUUGGCUCCAUGAAGAAGGGUGACCAGGACGUUGGCACUGGUCUCGUCGGUGCCCCCGCUUGCGGCGAUGUCAUGAAACUUCAGAUCCGUGUGAACAAAGACUCCGGCCGUAUCGAUGACGUUGUCUUCAAGACCUUCGGCUGUGGUAGUGCUAUUGCCUCCUCUAGCUAUCUGACCGAGCUUGUCCGCGGCAUGACCCUUGAUGAGGCAGGUCUGGUUAAGAACACUGAUGUGGCAAAGGAGCUCUGCCUCCCACCUGUUAAGCUGCACUGCUCCAUGCUUGCUGAGGAUGCUAUCAAGUCCGCCAUCUCUGAUUACUACACCAAGAACCCCAAGUCCAAGUCUACGGAUCUCUCCGGCACAGGCGCUGCCAUUCCCGACAUGAAGGUCGAGAUUGAGCAGACUGCUACCGGUAGCCCCGCUGCCGCCAUCUAA